GCAGGCCUCGAAGGGCCGAGGUGAGGGUGGGGUUCCAGGGCCUUGCGGCCCGGCUCUCAAGACCGAGUUCCUUUCUCUCAAAGACCUGGAGUAGAGUUUGGGAAAGGCAUCUGGCUGGGCCGUAGGAGCCUCACUCAGCUCUCUCGUGUACCGUAUCUCCAAUUCAUUCAUUCAUAAUUCCUGAACCCUGGUAGGGGUGAGUGUGGGGGACAUUUAUCAGUGAAAUACAGAAAUCUCAAACUACAAUGGGGACCCCUGCUACGGAGGGAGAUGCCUUGAGAGGGGAAAAUCUGGAGGAAGAGUAGGGGUUAACUAGGGCAAGGGUGGAUUGAGAGGGGAGGAAAGGGCGCAGUUGAAGCUCUAGUGCAGGGGGUCUGUGGCCCCAGGGAAGGUUGCUAUUACUGGAAUACCCCAAGGCAGACGAAGUAAGCGCUUAGAUAACCAUUCAUUGAUUCAUUACCCAUUCAUUCAUUCAUUAAGUCUCGAGCGAUUACUACGUGCCAAGCCAAGUGAUAGGCUUGGGGAUAAGCCUGUUUAGUGGAUCGAUGUUCUCAUGGGUGGGUGGGGGUGUGGUAGGGAUAAAAUAAAUGAAUUAUUAACUGUAUUACAAGUUGGUUUACUGCUGAGGGGAAGAAGAUACGAGAGCCUGUUGGAGGAUAGGAGUGUGGGUUGUUUAGUAUAACUAGGUUGAUCUGGGAGGGCCCAUCUGAAGGAGAUGAAGGGAGCUCAGCAAAGCAGGGGUCCUAACCUUAUUUUACCGAAUUUAGUUUUUCAAGAAGAGUCCAAGCGUCGGGAAUUGUCAUGCGGGUGGGGCGGCCGGACCAGCUGGGGAGGGUUUGGGGGAGCUGCCCCACGCUGCCAGCCCCUUGCCACAGAUUCACUACUCUGCAGGGACCUGGACACACAUGAACGAGUCUCCAGUGAGAAUGCGCUCAGGACAGCCAGAUAUGCCACACUGGAGAGGUCGCCUCAAGAGGGAGGCUUCCCCGGCGUCCAGACCUGCGCUGAAGGAAUAGGGAAGGGCCUAGCACGAAGGUCUAGAGAUGGAAUAGAUGGGGGCGCUAAGAAGGGUGAGACCGAGGCCAAAUGACGCCUGGGUAGCCCGGCGGGGACGCCGGGGCUCUAAGCAGGAGCCUAGACAGGAGCCAGACAAGGAAGGACGCACACCGCGGAGCUUUGGGAGAGCCGGGGGAGGGGCUGGGGUGAAAGGACUCGGCUGCAAGGGCGUGGCCCGGAGAAAGGCUGGACUCCGCCUGGCGCACGCGCGCCACAGGUGGUGGGUGGGGGAGGGGCCUUACCUCGCUGUUGCCCCCCGCCCCGCGAGCAAAUAUUUGACAUUCCAGGCUUAUCUAGAGGGGGCGGGGCCCAGAGGGACAUUUCCCCUCCCCCCGGACCUGAUUGGCUUAGCUCUUCCGGGGGGUCCGGACAAGCAGGCGGAAUCCCGGGUGGACAGUCCCGAGAGGGGCUGCCGCGCAAUGACACCCGCCUACGCCCCCAAGGGGAGGCACUGGUCGCCUCAGCUGCUGGAAGGCCAGUCUACCUCCCACUCCUUCCUGACCGCCGUGUCCUAGCGCGAGUCACUUCCUUCCCAGACGCCUCGGUCUCUUUGUCAAGUAGGAACGUGCUACAGUGUGGGUUCAGAGGGCAAGGCUUCGGAGGCGCCCCUUCCACCCCGCUCUCUUUUGCUCUCUCCAUUGUCCCAAGGUCCGGACGCAGAGCUCAGCUUUUCGAAAUCGCGAGGUGUGGCUCCCGCUUCAGUUUCAGCUGAGGCUUGGCAACCCCAUGUCUGCUCCCGCUGGGCUGGAAUCACUUCUUUCCGCCAGAUUCUUCAGUUUCUCAGUCACAUAAAUGGGAGAAUUGGGGGAAGUUCGGGACGGCCUGGAAAUGCGCGGUAAGGGAGCCUCACCAAGCUCGACGGGGCGGAAGGGUGCUGAGAGCCUUCCACGCGGGACUGUCCGAGUUGGGUUGCCGCUCUGGGAUGGAGAAGAAGUGAAGGAUCUGCAGUCCUCACGUGCACAUGUGUACAUUCGCCGCUAGCCCCCAUCCACCAGAGCGCUCACGUCUCCAGGCAACAGGCCCGUCAUCAAGGGGGAAGGGCGACGAAAACAGACAGGAGUCCGUCCCCACGUCGGGUAGGGGUGAAGCCCCAGGCCCGGACUAUCCGUCUAGAGUACCGCUCUCGAGAGUUGCGGCAGCGGGAGGACUGAGGGCGCGUCUUCCUUCCCCCGCACCGAAGCCUGAACACCUCUGGCCCACAACGACCGCGCUUUGAAACCGCAGGCACUUCCUGGAGCCAGGCUAAAGCCCGGCUUUCGCACAUGUGUGAACAAGCCCUGCCCUGUGACUUCUGGUGACGCCCCACGGCUCUAAUGACCCCUGGUGAUCUCAGUCGCCCUGCCCUCCCCCAAUCGACCUCUGGUGAUUCCCCUACAGACCUCUGGGUGAUACCCUGUAACUCUCACCGCCCCCUUUGACCCCUGGUGACUUCUUUCACCCCCAGAUCGGUCGUCGUGACCCCCACAGGCUCUAGACCCUCUUGGUGAUUUUCACUAGUCUUAUGUGACCCUUAGGAACUAGAGAAGGCUCAUGGUUUUGCACUUUCCUUGGGACAGGCCUCAUGGUCGGGGGGUGGGGGAGGAUGGGGUCACCUCCGAAGUCAGACAGGGCCGGCUGGGGGAGUGGGAAUCCCGGCCCUGAGCGCGAGCCCAGGCCGGGCGUGUGAGCCCGCAUGUCCUGGGCUAGGUUCUAGCGGCCCUCCCCCACGGUUCCUGGGGCCGCCCCGGUCACGUGACCGACAGAGCCGACAGGUAACUCGCCCAGAGAGGGCGGGGGCCAGUAGCCGCCCCGCCCUGCGGGGCGCUGCGGGCGGGUCUCAGCAGCGCCCACUGCGCCAGCCAGGCCGCAGGUGCCGCCCCCGACACACGGUGUCCCGCCCAACCUGAUCCGCGUCUGCCGUCGGUCGGUGCGUGCGUGCGCCUCGUCGGUCCCGCGUGUGUCUGGCCGAGCGCCCCCUUACUCCGCGGCCAUGACUCCGCCGCCACCCCAGCCACCGCCCCCGGGUUCGCACCCCGCCUCAGACUCCGCCGCCGCCCCCCUCCCCGGCCCUAGACCCCUGGUCGUACUGUUCGGGGCCACGGCCGGUGCGCUGGGGCCAGACCUGGGCUCCGACGAGACCGACUUAAUCCUCCUAGUCUGGCAAGUGGUGGAGCCUCGGAGCCGCCAGGUGGGAACGUUGCACAAGUCACUGGUUCGCGCCGAAGCGGCUGCACUGAGCCCGCAGUGCCGCGAGGCGAGCGGCUUGAGCGCCGACAGUCUGGCGCGGGCCGAGCCACUGGACAAGGUGUUGCAGCAGUUCUCACAGCUGGUGAGCGGGGAUGUGGCUCUGCUGGGCGGGGGCCCCUACGUGCUCUGCACUGAUGGGCAGCAGCUGCUGCGACAGGUCCUGCACCCUGAGGCCUCCAGGAAGAACCUGGUGCUCCCGGACACCUUCUUCUCCUUCUACGACCUCCGCAGAGAGUUCCACGUGCAGCACCCAAGUUCCCGCCGUGCCAGGGACCUCACUGUGGCCACCAUGGCACAGGACUUGGGGCUGGAGACAGAUGCCACAGAGGAUGACUUUGGGGUCUGGGAAGUGAAGACAAUGGUAGCUGUCAUCCUCCACCUGAUCGAAGGGCCCAGUGGUCAAUUGUUUUCGAAGCCCGAGGUGGUAAAGCAGAAAUAUGAAACAGGGCCUUGCAGCAAGGCUGACGUGGUGGACAGUGAGACUGUGGUUCGGGCUCGUGGCCUGCCCUGGCAGUCAUCAGACCAGGACGUGGCUCGCUUCUUUAAAGGGCUCAACAUUGCCAGGGGUGGUGUAGCACUCUGCCUCAACGCCCAGGGCCGCAGAAAUGGUGAGGCCCUCAUCCGCUUUGUGGACAGCGAGCAGCGGGACCUAGCGCUGCAGAGACACAAGCACCACAUGGGUGUCCGCUAUAUCGAGGUAUAUAAAGCAACAGGAGAAGAAUUUGUAAAGAUCGCAGGGGGCACAUCACUAGAGGUGGCUCGUUUCCUGUCACGGGAAGACCAAGUGAUCCUGCGGUUGCGGGGACUGCCCUUCUCGGCUGGGCCAGCAGACGUGUUAGGCUUCCUGGGACCAGAAUGCCCAGUGACUGGGGGUGCUGAUGGACUGCUCUUUGUGCGCCACCCUGACGGCCGGCCCACUGGUGAUGCCUUUGCCCUCUUUGCCUGUGAAGAGCUGGCACAGGCUGCACUGCGCAGGCACAAGGGCAUGCUGGGUAAGCGAUACAUUGAACUCUUCCGGAGCACUGCAGCCGAGGUGCAGCAGGUCCUGAACCGCUAUGCAUCCAGCCCACUCCUUCCCACAGUGACUGCUCCACUGCUGCCCAUCCCCUUCCCACUGGCAGCUGGGACGGAGAGAGAUUGUGUACGCCUUCGAGGCCUGCCCUACACAGCCACCAUUGAAGAUAUCCUGAGCUUUCUAGGAGAGGCAGCAGCUGACAUCCAACCCCAUGGUGUGCACAUGGUGCUCAACCAGCAGGGCCGGCCAUCAGGAGAUGCCUUCAUCCAGAUGACAUCAGCAGAGCGAGCCCUAGGUGCUGCUCAGCGUUGCCAUAAGAAAGUCAUGAAGGAACGCUACGUGGAGGUGGUCCCCUGCUCCACAGAUGAGAUGAGCCGUGUGCUAAUGGGGGGCACCUUGGGCCGCAGUGGCAUGUCCCCUCCGCCUUGCAAGCUGCCCUGUCUUUCACCACCUGCCUUCGCCACCUUCCAGGCCACCCCAACACUCAUUCCCACCGAGACAGCAGCUCUAUAUUCCUCUUCAGCACUGCUCCCUGCUGCCAGGGUGCCUGCUGCCCCCACCCCUGUUGCUUAUUACCCAGGGCCAGCCACUCAACUCUACAUGAACUACACAGCUUACUACCCCAGCCCCCCAGUUUCUCCCACCACUGUGGGCUACCUCACCACGCCCCCUGCUGCCCUGGCCUCUGCUCCCACCUCAGUGUUGUCCCAGCCGGGAGCCCUGGUCCGUAUGCAGGGUGUCCCAUACACAGCUGGUAUGAAGGAUCUGCUCAGCGUCUUCCAGGCCUACCAGCUAGCCCCUGAUGACUACACCAGUCUGAUGCCUGUCGGUGACCCACCUCGCACUGUGCUACAGGCCCCCAAAGAGUGGGUGUGUUUGUAGGUAAGGGAGCCAGGAGGUAAAAGCUGGCUGAUGUCUUCAGCUAGCAUGUCUCUCCUGCGUCCAGAGAACCAGCGCUCUCAACCUGGUGGCUUCUUUUUGGCUUGUCAAAGCUCUCAGAAGGCAUCCAGAGGAGCUCAAGUCCCAGCUCCAUUCCUCAUUUAUUGCUCUGCCUGUUCACCCCAAAGAUGAUGGCUGGAUCCUACAUGCAGGGCUGAGGUUGGAAUGGUGCUACCCUUCUCCUGAUGGCCUGAUCUGGGCCUCCUGAGUAGCACCCAGAGAGCCUUUGGUCUGUGCUGGCUAUGACCCAUGCCCACAGAUUCUGUGGAGCAGGCCUGCUUUCUUUUUUAAAAUCUAAGCCCUGAUGCCUUCAGUGUAUGACUCCUGGGAGCUUCUGAGUAAAGAUCCCAAUGUUCUUCUUCCCCUGUCCCUUCUGGUGGUGGGCAGGAAGGCAGAGAGCACUAGUCCAAGCUCCCAGGAUACUUGGACCUUGGAGGCCACGUUGUGCCAGGGGUGCUAGCCCGCCUUCAGCUUGGCACCAGGAAUAUCAGAUGGCAAAAUCACAGGCUAUUCUGACGGACUGUACUGCAGUAUCCCCAGAGGACACUAGGGGGCAGGAGGUCCUCACACAAAAAACUCAGGCUUGAAUUUUAAGAGGGGACUUUCUGCCUACUUUUUAUGCACACCUUGGGCAGGCCAGUGGUCCUGAACUCAGCAGACACCAUGGGGAUGUCCUUUGCACCCAUUAGAGGGUGCAGAAGUGAGGCUUCAAAAGGAAUUUGGAACUCUACCCUCUCCUCUGUAAAAUAAACAAAGGUUCCUAACCAAGUAGA